AUGAAUUUCCCAUCGUUUCGUCCAUCGCGUGCCUUCCUCUACUCGCUGCUCGUCGUUUCGCUCAUAACUGCAAAGGGCCUACAUCUGCUGCAAUUCGCCCGCUCCGUUCCGCCACUACAUUUCAUCGUCUUCUUUCCAACGCUGUUCAUCUCAGAUGCACUGGUUGCACUCCUUGGCCGGGUUCUACUCCAUGGUGGGAGCAGCGGUAUAUGGCCAGCUAUAGGCCUGGCCGUGGGGAGCUUUCUCUCGGCUGUCACAUUCUUUGCUGCAUCCUCACAGCUUGGUUUCUACUAUGUCACUGGAACUGAGAUGCAGUGGGACAAUGCCGGCAAUGUCGCCUCCGAUCCAGCCGCUAUACGGAUAAUGUUGAGUGGGCUGCUUCAAGUGUCUGUUUCGGGGAUGAUUCUUUCGUUCUUGAGCUGGGUCUCGUCGCCGUUCCUCUACAACAAGGUCGGAUACUGGAUGUCCGCAGUAUGGAGGAUGCUCACAGGCCCAAAGUGGGAGAUGAUGCUGCCAACAGUGCGAAAUCAGCGAGAUCAGCCACAGAAGGGGGGUAUCCGAGUCAGGCCCAUGUGCUUGAUGAUCAUGCUCGCAUCACUGCUCGUUUUGCGGCUCGUCCGGCCAUCAACGCCGUACGGUUUCAUGUCGACGACCCUCCCCGUGGCCAUGCUUCGAAUGUUCUCACACCGGCACGGACACCAUUCACACCGGCACGGAUGUUCAUCUCGCCAUUCCCACACAAAGGCCUUUCCACUGUCCAAUCUCACCUCAUCGGAGCACUGGGAAAAGCCGAAGGGUAAUUUCAAGGGCUGGGCGCCAGGGGAUGACAACUUCAUGGUCAAAAGAUACCGCAAUCGACGUCCAGAGUGGGUUACGGAUACUCUCCCUGAUGGGUUCCAUCGCUGGGCCAAUAUUUCUCAAACUGCCGAUACAAACUCCACAUCCGGCCUGCACGGAUGCUCCGGCGACAACGAAGCCCCCAACUUCUAUAACCCCGUUGCGGACCCUAUGCGUAUUACAAACCUAGAUCUCGGAGUUCACAAACGCCUGCAGAAAGUUUUCAAUGACGAAUCUGUCCUUAUUUCGCAUGUGGUGCUGGUCACCAUGGAGAGUGCCCGCAAAGACCUGUUCCCCAUGCGAGAAGGGUCGUUUCUUCACCGGUCCAUUCUUGAAUCGAACGAUAGGGAUGAGUGGGAGGAGAAAAACAACUUACUCUCUCAGCUGACACCCGUCGCCCAUCAGAUUACCGGCGAGGGCUUCUGGAACCAAACCAAGGGCAACCGACCCGCCUUUGGCUUACCGGAUGGUAUAUGGAAAGAUUCAGCAGCCACGGGAAUGGGCGGCAUAAACAUAAUGGGCGCCAUGACUGGAAGCACAUUAUCGGCCAAAAGCUUCCUGGGCAGUCAUUGCGGAGUAUAUCCCUUGCCAGUUGAUUUCCUAGAAGAAGUUACCACCAACGUAUACCAGCCUUGCGUUCCUCAUAUUCUCAACCUGUUUAAUCAGGCCAAAAACAGAUUCUCUCAGCACGGAGUCGAGGGGAGAAAGGUUAAUCAAACAGCUGGGGAACGCCCCAGUGUUAAGAAAAGAAAGUGGAAGUCCAUAUUCAUACAGGCGUCGACAGAUUCGUAUGACAGACAAGACAAACUAAACAAGGAGCUUGGAUUUUCGAAUUUCAUCGUGAAGGAAACUUUGGCUGACCCAUCGUCGAAGUAUUAUCCUCCCAAGCAGCCUAUACUAAAUUACUUCGGAUAUCCCGACGAUGAACUGAAGCCAUGCAUUCGUGAUGUCGUAACGGAUGCUAUAAACAAUAAUGAACGGCUCUUCCUUUCUCAUUUCACCAGUACCACGCAUCAUCCGUGGAAACUUCCCUCAAGUUUUGACCGUGAGUCGUAUACUGGAGUGAAUGGGAAGGCAAACCAUGACCCCAUGGACAAAUAUUUAAACACCGUCCGGUACGAUGACGCUUGGCUGGGUCAAAUAUUGGGUAUCCUAGACGAGAAGGGUAUUGCCAAUGAGACUUUGGUUGUUGUGGUGGGAGACCACGGACAAGCCUUUGAAGAAGAUGCUCCGGUCCAAGGCACCUAUAAAAAUGGCCACAUCAGCAACUUCCGUGUCCCCAUUGUCUUUCGACACCCACAGCUACCUCGCAUCAACAUUGAAGCGAAUGCGACAUCCAUGAGCAUCCUCCCUACUAUCCUCGACCUCCUGGUAAACUCCAAGUCCCUCGACGACCACGACACCUCUAUCGCCCAGGAUCUCAUCUACGACUACCAAGGCCAAUCACUCAUACGGCCAUUCCGACCAAAAUAUAAGGGCCGUCAAUCAUGGAACAUCGCAAUCAUCAACGCAGGCGGGAAAAUGAUAUCUGUGUCCUCCGCAGCAACACCUUGGCGUGUCGUGAUCCCACUCGACGGAGAGUCGCAGUAUUCCUUCAGCGAUCUAAAAACAGAUCCGAACGAACUUGAUCCACUAAGUGCAUGGAAGGUCAGCUACCUUCUCCCUGCCGUGAAAUCGAAACAUGGUGCAGAUGCAAGGCAGUGGCUUAAGGAUGCAGACGAGGUCGCCCGCUGGUGGGUGAAGGAGAUGCAUCACCUCUGGAACUAUCACGAAGGAUCUGACAGUUGA